GCAAGGUGGCCGGCACAUCUGCAUGUCUGGCGUUGGUAGCGCGUGUGUGAGGACGGUCUGCUCCGUGCGGAAUGAAUCCGAAAACAAAGCGAAGUUGGGAAGAAGAGAAGAGAAGCGGAGGCCAGGGGGAGGGGUUACGCACGGCGAACGUCAGCGUUGAUGUGGAGCGGCGCACGGCUGUCACAGCAGUCAGUGUGAUGAAGAUUGGCAGGCAGGUGUGGCUGUGAAGUAAUCCCAGGAUGCACCAUGCCUCACCCACUCCUGCUGUGACGAUGAUGUCAUACCCAGACGGCCCGCAGAUGACGGGGGCCACUCCCCAGCACUCGAGCCCUCAGCCAGCCCAGCUGCCCCCCUCCUCCUCCCCGGACAGCGUCUCACUCGACCUCCAACUCGAGGUGGACAAGCAGGCCAUCUACAGACACCCCCUCUUCUCGCUCCUGGGGCAGUUGUUUGAGAAGUGUGAGCGGGCCACCCAGGGCUCCGACUGCAUCACCUCGGCCAGCUUUGACGUGGACAUACAGACCUUCGUCCGUCAGCAGGAGCUCGAGCACAAGCCCUUCUUCAGCGAAGACCCAGAGCUCGACAGCCUGAUAGUGAAGGCCAUCCAGGUGUUGCGUAUCCAUCUCCUGGAGCUGGAGAAGGUGUGUGAGCUGUGCAAGGACUUCUGCCAGCGCUACAGAACCUGCAUCAAGACCAAGAUGCACAGCGACAACCUGCUGAAGGGCGACCUCCCUGAACUCUACUCGCCCUCUCAGGGCAGCUUCAUCCUGCAGCAGGACCUCCUGCGGAGCUCCAUCUCCUCCUCCCCCCCCACCAGCCCCUCCGGCCUGGGCUCCAUGCAGCAAACUGAUGUCACCAUGACGACCAUCAGCCCUUCGGACAUGGCAGGAGGAGGAGCCUCGUUUCAGCCAAUCACCAUGCUGACGACCCAAGGGCAGCUGGAGCUGAACCUGUCCUCACUGUUGGAGUCCAAAGUGAGGAAGUCCAAAGCGAAGAGGGGUGUGCUGCCCAAACGCGCCACCAACAUCAUGCGCUCCUGGCUCUUCCAGCACCUCGUGCAUCCUUACCCUACAGAGGACGAGAAGAGACACAUCGCCACUCAAACACGCCUCACUCUACAGCAAGUCAAUAACUGGUUCAUCAACGCUCGGCGAAGGGUCCUCCAGCCCAUGUUAGAUGCCAGUAACCCUGACCCCGCCCCCAAGGCCAAGAAGAUGAAGUCCCAGCAUCGAUCCACCCAGCGCUUCUGGCCCCAUCCCCUAGCAACGGGGACCUCCGCCCGAGCAACAGGCCAGGCCCCCAACACCUCAGAGGGUUUAGGGACAGGGGAGGGGGCUCGGGCACUGAGGUCGGAGUCAGCCAUUCUGGCGAUGAGACGGGCCCUACUGGAGGAAGAUGAGGAAGAUGAGGAAGAGGAGGACCUCUCCGGUGAUGAAUAUGAGUUUGAGGGGUUGGAGGAAGAGGAGGAGGAAGAAGAGGAGGAGGAGGAAGAGGAGGAGGGCGGAGAGAGGAGGAGGAGGAGGAGGAGGACCUGAGCGACCUCUCCGGUGAUGAAUAUGAGUUUGAGGGGUUGGAGGAGGAGGAGGAGGAGGGCGGAGAGAGGAAUCAGCACUAUGACAGUGUGCGGUCCUCAAAGCCAGGCAACCGGUGUAACGGGGAGUAACACAUCAUCUCAGGAGUGGAUAUGAGCAUGUGACACUCGUACGGCCCCGCUGACACACACAUGCAUACACACACACACACACACACACGCGCACGCCACGCACGCACGCACAAACACACACACA